UCCAGCCGAGCGCACACGCACGGAUUCCGCGAGACCCCAACCCCACCCCGAGAGUCUUCGUGUUGCUUUUGAAACACCCGCGCGUGCCCGCAAAAUAUAUAAAAGAAGUGAAGUGAACAAAAUUGAUUCAAUUUCUGCUGGGGCAGCCGGAAUUAUGCCCCGCCAGCUUCGUCGUCUCGUUGCGCACUGAAAUCGAAAUCGAGUCCAAUGACCAGCUCUCAAGCUGGUGCCUGUGAAAGAGUGCACACCUUUGGUUAGACAAGAAAACACAUUGCAGACCUUGACCCAUGGCCUGUGAAGAGCUGAACCGCAAGCAUAGUUCGGUUAUAUAAUCAAAUUCCAAUUUCAAGUAACCAAAACGCAAAGUGAAUACUUACGAGAGUUUGCAAAAAAGCCAAAAAAUGCAGUUCAAAAUUGUUACAUACCCAAAAGCAUUUGUGGGCUCAUCUGGUUUGCUGCACUUCCUCCUCCUGAUUAGUUCCACAAUCUCCCGUCUGGAAUUCGCCGCUGCCCAAAAUGCUGGCGUUGUGGCCGCGGCGGUGGCGGCGGGACAAAACCAAACCCAAGUCUAUGUGACGGAGUCCUGCCUGCAGAAGCCGUACCGCUGCCCGCAUCCGAAGAUUCAAUUCUAUCUGUACACGCGCCGCACCCAGGAGCAGCCCGAGUUCAUCAAUGUCCUCGAUGCCAACGCCCUUUACUACACGCACUUCAAUCCCCGACAUCCGACGAAGAUAAUCAUCCACGGCUUCGGGGGAGGUCGCGAUCUGAGUCCCAGUCCUGACUUGCGGGAGGCCUACUUCAGCGUGGGCGACUACAACAUCAUCAUCGUGGACUAUGCUGACGCCGUGAAGGAGCCCUGCCUCAGCCAAAUGGACUGGGCGCCCCGGUUCGGCAGCCUUUGCAUAUCCCAGUUGGUCAAGUACCUCGCCCGACAUCCGCGCGGGGUGCAGCCCGAUGACCUUCACUUCAUCGGCUACAGCGUGGGUGCCCACAUAGCCGGACUGGUGGCCAACUAUCUGAAGCCCGAGGAGGGAAAGUUGGGGCGCAUCACUGCCCUCGAUCCAACGAUAUUCUUCUACGCGGGGGCCAACAACUCCAGGGAUCUGGACACGACCGAUGCCAACUUUGUGGAUGUUGUGCACACAGGUGCGGGGAUACUCGGUCAAUGGCAUUCCAGUGGCCACGCAGACUUUUAUGUGAAUGGCGGCACCCGACAGCCGGCCUGUGUAGGCUCUGCCACACUCUUCCAAACCUUGGCCUGCGACCACACCAAAGUCACCCCCUACUUUAUAGAGUCUAUAACGACGACACGGGGCUUCUAUGCCGGUCCCUGCCCCAACUUGUUUACAUACCUAAUAGGCUGGUGCGAGCCCAAGGAUUCCGAGUACGUUCUAAUGGGAGAGCACUGCUCACACAAAGCUCGAGGAAAUUACUAUGUAACCACUAAUGCAAAAGCGCCCUUUGCCCGUGGUUUCCCAGGCAAGGGGCGUUCCAAUGGCGAAUACCAGGGAGUACGGCGAUAAUGAAAAUUCUUAUUUUUCGUUGCCUUUUGCUAUGCGAUGCAGACGAGCUCAAAGCGGUUCAGAAUUCAUCUCAUAAACAAAUUUCAAAACAUUACGAAGCAACCUCGAACCUAUUCUGAACCCGACUGCAUUGUUUCAUCUUUUACACCGUAGCACUGAUGUGAUUAUAGUUUGUUUCCUAAUUGUAUGAAUCAUAUUUAUUUAAUAUAUUUUUGUUGUUAGUCUUAGCCACCGCCAUGUUUGCUGGGAGUUGGAAGAGAAGCGACAUCCAAUCCCAAGUGUUUCGGGUUCUGUACAAAUCAAUAAAUCUAAUCAUUAAGUUGUAGGCUGAAAGUUGUUUGAAAUAAAAUCAAAAUACACUCAAUAUUUGUUGGCAUAAUUCUUAACAAGUUCAUUUUAUUGAGUUCCAAAUAC